CUCGAACGGUUAUGUUACGCGUUUAGUUAGUAUAAACGUUGCGUCUGAAUAUCGGCUAUACAAUCCGAAUCGAAUCGAAAAAGACCCGAUGAAUAAAAAAAGCAAGUUGCGGGCAAAGGCGAUCGGCCAAAGAAAAUGAAUUUCAACGCAAAUUGAUUGAUGAUCGUUUCACAAAAAUUUGAAGAAAAAUAAAAACGAAACCUCAUUGAAAGGGAAAGUUAAAUUAAAAAAAAUAUCUAAAAAGAGAAAAUUUAAUUUUCAAAAUAAAAAUAUGUGUUUUUUAUUUUAAGUUUUUUUUUUAAGUAAAAAAAAAAAAAAAAACUUAUGGAAAAUCCUUAAAAAGAAAUAAAAAAAAGUAGGAAGAAAUAUAAAAGCAUUUUUUCUUAUCUUACAUAAAAUCAAGAAUAAACCAUGUUAAACUUGACAUUUUGGAAUAUCUCUUGUAAAGUGAAAAAUAUCAGGGCUUAAGCAGAUAGCCCUUUCAAUAAGUGCAAAAUCUUUUUUACCACAACAUCUUAAAACUGCCAGCCUUAGGGGCAAAAAUAUUUUUUUUUAAAUUUAGUUUUAAAAACAUCAAAAGAUUAACUUCAUAUAUAUCACACAUACAUAGCUAAAGAAAACAGACCCUUAGCAUAAUAAUUUAGGCAACUCCACACGAAGGAGAACAAGUCGAAUUCAAUCUGCUGAAACCCCUCCUGGAAGUUUUUCCAUUCCCUGCAUUGCACACACCCAACCGCAUAUCUAAUCCAAAAAAUGAAUAUCAACCUGCCAACAGACAACAAUACAAGCAGCCGCUGCAAUCAAUCAGGCUCAACACUGGCGGCCUCUAACAGCAAACAACAGCAACAACACAACAGCCUACAAGAACCAAGUUCAACGGCGGUGGCGCCAAACGUGGCUUCUUCACAAAUCCCCCAUCGGCCUAGUCCGGCAGCUGGACGCAGUCCAUCGCCUGACGGUACACGUGAUUAUGAUGUAACCCGCAUGAGAGAAGAAGACUUUGAACGUUUGGCCGUUUAUCUGGUGCCCGAUGUACAAUGUGAAAGGGGCCUGCCAAAUCGAGCAGAUAAAACGUUGCCACGCAGCCUGACUCUAAAACCCUCGCUGGUAUUCUCGUCAGCAAAUGUUAAGACUGAAGGUGUCUGGAGCACAGGGGUUAUACCUAGGGGUACACGUUUUGGUCCCUUCGAAGGUGUGCCCACACCGCAUUAUCCCAAUGACCCGAAUACAGCCCGCUACUUUUGGAGGAUCUUCAAAGAUGAUGACUACUACUAUCUGGAUGGAUCCGAUCGCUCUCAAGCCAAUUGGAUGCGUUACGUUGCCUCCGCCUAUAGUCUGGACACCAUGAACUUGGUGGCUUGUCAGCAUCAGGAGAAUAUAUACUUCUAUACCACACGCGACAUUAUGCCCAAUGAGGAACUGAUGGUCUGGUAUUGCAAGGAUUUCGCCAAACGUCUGGGCUAUGAUGUUGAUCCGGAGCGCACCUUGUUUGGGGCCUGCAAGGAGGCCAACGAUGAGGACGAUGAAGUCGAACAAGACCAAGAUCCUGAAGAUGAUGCUGAAGCGGACUAUCCCUGUCAUAGUAAGAAAACCGAAGGGCGUGCAUCCUCCCCCUACAGCAUGCCAGCGCCAGAGAUACCACAAGAGAUUGCCUACAAUCACAUCACCUAUGUCAUGGGCCUACAUUUGCCACCACCCACAGCCACUUCAUCUACGGCACAGAACGACAGACGUUCACCCACUUUGAGUCCUUCUCCACCUGCCACAAAUCAAGCUCAAAAUACCAGCAAUGCCACCAACACUACCACACAUCCGCAUAUACAUCACAGCCAAGGUAUCCCGCAUCAUCAUUCACGCUCCCUGAUACGCCACACCCAUCAACAACUUCACCCCAAUGUGCUGCAUUUAAAACAGGAGCCAUCGUCGGUGAUUGUUCAAGAUCAUCAUUGCUCAACGCUGCAGCAAAUGGAUUGCUCCAGCAAGGAACUCAAAGAGGUGGCGGGCAGUUCGCCGCUAUCCCAGAAGGACCCACAAUACGAACAUCAACUCACUCCCAAUGAUGGCAGUGUACGUUCAGUUCGUUCCGAUGAGGGUUAUCACAGCAAUGAGUACCAUGAGGAUAGACUGACGCCCUCGGGCGGCGAUGACAGCGACAGCGAGAGUGAACACAACUAUGUGCUGGACUGUUCCAAGAAGGCGAUAGCUCCCAAAGAGACUGUGAUUGCCCACUCACAAAAGGCCAUUGUAGCGAAUUCAGCGGCGGCGGUAACUGCCGCUGUCACAUCGGGCGAUUGCGGUAAGAACGAAUACCGAAAGUUCAAAGUAAAAAUGCCACUGAAGUACGAGUUUAAGAAUAGCAUCAAGACUGAGGCAAACAAUGCCACCACAAUUAGCAGCCCAAGCACGACUAACUCCUCUUCCUCCCCCUCCGCCUCGACCACAACCCUCAAGCUGGACGAACUGCAAGCAAGCUCCAGCGAGGAUGAACAGCGCACAACUUCCAUUAGCUCUUCGACGCAAAUCGAUGAGCUGAUGGAGGCCGAUUGCCGGCCAUCAAGCAUUAUGGAGACCAACACUGCCUCUAACAACCACAAUCACACCCACACCCACACCACCACGCAGCCAGCUUCAAGUACUGUCAUCGUCUUGGAGAAUAGCCAAAAACGCACAAUAGUUCCAUUGACUAAACCCUACUAUGAGGCCGAGUCCAGUUCUCCACCUCCCGCCGGCCAAGGUUAUAUACGUUACACUCCGCCUUCGAGCAUUUUGGAGACCAUAUUGACAGGCCAGCAUCAGCAUCGUUUGGAAACAGCUGCUGCGGCAGCAGCCGCUGCGGUAGCCUGUCGCCAGGCCAAUUCGGCCACUCCCCCGCCCUCUUCACCCACAGAAAUGGCCUAUUCGUAUAAGAAGUCCCAUCGCUAUGGCAAUGCAGUCAGCCCCGACUCCAGUUCCAAUAACAUGGUGACCGGAGGCGAUCAUACGGGCCAUGAAACAGAAACCGACUUGCAUCUCAACUCGUCGCCGACAUGCAAAAAAGAUCUCUGCUCGCCCCCACCAGCCCCACAUCAACAACAUCAUGUCCUCUUUUCACCACAUGGUGUUCAUGCGGCCUAUGUUAAUGAUGGCCAUCACACACCGCCUUAUUCCACCUACUCCUCGUAUUCGAAUGGCAGCCUCAAUGGCCAGUCGGUGAGCGUAUUGCACGCUCCAACCUCCACGUUCCAUUCGCCACCACACAGUGCUCAAUCGCCGUUCGAUCGGCAGUCACAUUCCUCCAGUGGAUCCAAUCAAAAUCUGCACAUGCUGCAAGGCAGCUCUCAAAUGUUAAAUCACCCUCUCAUGCAGCCUCUGACGCCGCUUCAAAGGCUGUCUCCGUUACGCAUUUCCCCGCCCAGUUGUCUUAGUCCCGAUGGCAAUUCAUGUCCACGCAGCGGCAGCCCCCUAAGUCCCAACUCAUUGGGCUCGCGGGGCUAUCGAUCUCUGCCAUAUCCCCUAAAGAAGAAAGAUGGCAAAAUGCAUUACGAAUGCAAUGUCUGCUGUAAGACCUUUGGCCAAUUGAGCAACCUGAAAGUUCAUCUGAGAACACACUCAGGCGAAAGACCCUUCAAGUGCAAUGUCUGCACCAAGAGUUUUACCCAACUGGCGCAUUUACAGAAGCAUCAUUUAGUGCAUACGGGUGAGAAGCCCCACCAGUGUGACAUAUGCAAGAAACGUUUCUCCUCCACCUCCAAUUUGAAGACUCACCUCCGUUUGCACAGUGGCCAAAAGCCUUAUGCCUGCGAUUUGUGUCCUCAGAAAUUCACACAGUUUGUGCAUCUGAAACUGCACAAGCGGCUGCAUACCAACGACAGGCCCUAUGUAUGUCAAGGUUGUGAUAAGAAGUACAUUAGUGCUUCGGGUCUGAGAACCCAUUGGAAAACCACCAGCUGUAAGCCGAAUAAUUUGGAGGAGGAAUUGGCCAUGGCUGCAGCAGCGACUACAGAAUGUUUGGAUAAUGAUCAUCCUGAACCUGACUCCCGGGAGGCAUUUGAACAAAUUCAACAGCAUAUUCAUCCCCAUCUGCGACACAUGGCUGCCGGUGGAGGGGGGCCAGACCAUCGAGUUUUGUCCCAUCCCCAGCAACAACAUAUGACCCAUAUGCAACAGCAACAUGUCAGCAUGAUGCAUCAGCACUUGCCCCCACCAAAUUCGGCGGCCGCUUCAAUGCUGCUGACCACAGCCAAUCAAUUGCAUCAACAGCCAGCCAUGCAUCAGCAUCAACAGCAACACCAGCAUCCGCAACAUCUCCUGCAACAACAAUCGCUGAAAGUGAAGCCCCAGAUACAUAUGAUGCCGGGAAAUCCACAUGAUAACAAUGCGCCAACAGGCACGGUCAACGGUGUAUCUCAUGCCCAUGUGGCAGCAGCAGCGGCGGCACAUGCAGCGGCAGCAGCUGCUGCGGCUGCCCAUGCGGCGGCCAAUUCCCAUUCCUUGGCAGCGCCCCAAGACAAUCGACCCUCGGUAAUUGAAUCCAAUCAGCCCAUGAUCAUAGAGUGCACGUAGAUCGGAGAGAGAGAGAGCACAUUGGACAAAGCCUUCUCCAUGAGUGGCGAAAGGUUCAGAGUGGCCAAAAUCAAAGCAAUGGGAGAGAAAAUCAAAUCAAGGAGUCUGGUUAUACUCCACAAUGAUUCCUCAACACAGCAACAAACAAAGUGCAAUACACAAAUCGGUAUUAGUAGAAGAAGCAGAGAGUCUAAAGAGAGCCAGAGAGGUAUUGAUAACAUUAACAAAACCCAUCAUUCGUUCUGCUCUUUUUUAAUUUCACACAAAACCACAAAUGAUGAAAAUUUUCAAAAACAGUCGAUCUCAACAAUUGGCAGCCAAUUACAAAACAAAAAAAAAAACCGCCCUAACUCAACUAAAUUAAACACCCCCUCUCAUCACCCAAUAUAACUUAAAAAAUAAAAUAAAAAAAAUAUUUUGUAUAUAUUUAAGUAUCUAGAGUGUGUAAAACUCGCUUGAAUCCCUGUCCCUCUUUUAAAGUCAUCAAAAGCGGUUAAAACACACACACACACACAGAAAAGCCUAUCAAUCCCCUUACAUAAAGAAAUUACACAAAAUCAUACUCCGAUAUCGUCAUAACUUAUAGAAACACAUUUAUAUGAAAAAAAAAAAAAAUGAAGUAAAUGAAAGUGCAUUUAAUACAACCACAAUGGAAAAUUAUAAACCUUUGAUACCAUUUCAUACACGGCUAUACAGACAGCAUACAUAAAGUUAUUAGGAGAAGAAGAAGUCGAAGAAGAAACGAAACCAUAUUGUAAAUAUCGUUAAAAUAACAAAUAUCAAAUUACAUAAAAGUUGCCUUAUUUCAUUAGAAUUAUUCUUAAUUAAACACAAACAAACAACUAGUAUGAACAAGCAUUAAAAACAAAAUUAAAACAAAAACUCAAAAUCAUGUGGGACAUGCAAACGUUAAUGACUAGAAAAUUCCCAAUCCCAGGCAGGCCGGUUGUACGUACCAGAUUGACCCGAAGAAUUCCUUAACAUCGGCAAGGGCUGCCGCCUCAGUGUACCACACACUGCUACUACAGCAAAAACAUCAACUAGAAAGUUGUAAAUCGAGUUAAAACCAGUAAGGAAAGGCAAAAGUCGGUCGGAGCCGACAAUAUAAUACCCUACACCUACCCUACAAUAAAUGAAAACGGGCAACAUAUAAAUAUAUAUGUAUAUGAGAGCUAUAUCUAAAUCUGAACCGACUAUUAAACAGAUCGUUUGAAAAUGGUUGUUACUGCGGUCAUUUAAGUGCAAAUCGGGCGAUACAUAUAUAUGGGAGCUUUAUCUAAAUCUGAACCGAUUUUGAUGAAAUCUAGCAGAUAUGUUAAGAUCGGUAACAAAACAAUCCGUGCCAAAUUUUGUGCAGAUCGGAUGAAAACUGUAGCUACUAUGGCCAUUUAAGUGCAAAUCAGGCGAUACAUAUAUAUGGGAGGUAUAUCUAAAUCUGAACCGAUUUUGAUGAAAUCUAGCAGAUAUGUUAAGAUCGGUAACAAAACAAUCCGUGCCAAAUUUUGUGCAGAUCGGAUGAAAACUGUAGCUACUAUGGCCAUUUAAGUGCAAAUCGGGCGAUACAUAUAUAUGGGAGCUAUAUCUAAAUCUGAACCGAUUUUGAUGAAAUUUUGCAAAUAUGUUAAAAUCAAUAAAGGAACUUUCCGCGCCAAACUUUGUGCAGAUCGGUUGAAAAUUUUAGCUACUACGACCAUUUAAGUACAAAUAGGGCUACACAUAUAUAUGGGAGCUAUAUCCAAAUCUGAACCGAUUUUGAUGAAAUCUAGCAGAUAUGUUAAGAUCAGUAACAAAACAAUCAAUGUCAAAUUUUAUAUAGAUCGGUUGAAAAUUUUAGCUACUAUGGUCAUUUAAGUGCAAAUCGGGCGAUACAUAUAUAUGGGAGCUAUAUCUAAAUCUGAACCGAUUUUGAUGAAAUCUAGCAGAUAUGUUAAGAUCAGUAACAAAACAAUCAAUGUCAAAUUUUAUAUAGAUCGGUUGAAAACUGUAGCUACUAUGGCCAUUUAAGUGCAAAUCAGGCGAUACAUAUAUAUGGGAGCUAUAUCUAAAUCUGAACCGAUUUUGAUGAAAUUUUGCAGAUAUGUUAAAAUCAGCAACGAAACAAUCCGAGCCAGAUUUUGUUCAGAUCGGUUGAAAAUUUUAGCUACUACGGCCAUUUAAGUGCAAAUCGGGCGAUACAUAUAUAUGGGAGCUACAUCCAAAUCUGAACCGAUUUUGAUGAAAUUUUGCAAAUAUGUUAAGAUUGGUAUCAAAACAAUACAUGCCAAAUUUUGUUCAGAUCGAUUGAAAAUUUUAGCUACUACGGCCAUUUAAAUGCAAAUCGGGCGGUACAUAUAUAUGGAAGCUAUAUCUAAAUCUGAACCGAUUUUGAUGAAAUUUUGCAGAUAUGUUAAGAUCAGUAACAAAACAAUCAAUGUCAAAUUUUAUAUAGAUCGGUUGAAAACUGUAGCUACUAUGGCCAUUUAAGUGCAAAUCGGGCGAUACAUAUAUAUGGGAGCUACAUCCAAAUCUGAACCGAUUUUGAUGAAAUUUUGCAAAUAUGUUAAGAUUGGUAUCAAAACAAUACAUGCCAAAUUUUGUGAAGAUCGAUUGAAAAUUUUAGCUACUAUGGCCAUUUAAAUGCAAAUCGGGCGGUACAUAUAUAUGGAAGCUAUAUCUAAAUCUGAACCGAUUUUGAUGAAAUUUUGCAGAUAUGUUAAAAUCAGCAACGAAAAAAUCCUUGCCAAAUUUUGUGCAGAUUAGUUAAAAAUUGAAGCUACUACGGCCAUUUAAGUGAAAAUCGGGCGAUACAAAUAUAUGGG